AUGAGAUGGGAGCCGGAAUACCACGAGACCCUCUACUCCCACUUGCUUCAACUUCGAAUCUCUCAGCGUCUCAAGCUGGAUUCACUGACCAGCCUCGACCUCACCUUCUCUUCCGGAAAAGAGUUCGAAGAUUCACUCAUUUGCUUGCUUCAAGCUGUUCCGAAGCUGGAAAUUCUCAAGAUCAGAAUCCCAGGCGUACUGUGGAUCAUCCACGAUGACUCCGAGAGAUUCGGCCCAGUGCCUGACUUGGGCAACCUGUAUAAUGAUUGUCAACUGGAGAGCCUCAAGUAUUUCACGCUAGACUGCACAGAGAUUCCCCCAUCUUUGGUGGCUGCUCUGGACACCGCAUGCCAUCUGGAAAAGUUUUACCCCUUUCCCGACAAUCGUAGCCUGAAGAACCUGCUCAUCAGGGUUCCAGAUUGGAAGCAAGGUACGAACAAGCCGAUCCCGGGCCCAUCAUUCUUCGGUAUCAAUAUUCAGGAUUAUGAAGCGAUCCCGAGGGCCAUCUGCUACUGGCUUCGAUACACCGGUCCAUCGCUUGAGCACCUCCAGUUUUUCGGUCAUGGUAAGCAUGCCAACCUGGUGGACCCGACUCUGUGGGACAAGGAAAAUUGUCAAGGCACACAAUCGUCCGCAGCUUCUCCCCCUGUCCAAACAUCGAUAUUGGCUCACCGGGCAACACAAUUUUGCAUAUCAGAAGUCGAACUCAAUGGCUAG